AUGUCUUCGUAUCCCCAAAGACCAGUCCACCAAAAUUACCAAAGGCUCAAUGAACUAUUGGAUGCCAUCAAGGAGGAAUUUGAAAAUGUCAACAAUGAAGCUUCAAGUUUUAGACUACACAAGAAUGAAUAUGACUUGAAAUUUAAUCAGCAAACAAGUGAGAUGCAACAGAUUAGACAAACCGUUUAUGAUCUGGAAAUGGCUCAUAGAAAGAUAAAAGAAGCUUAUGAAGAUCAAAUCAAUAGAUUAAAAAAUGAAUUGGAAUUGAAAGAUAGACAAUUGGCAUCAAUUCAACAACAACAGCAACAAAAUCCAAACCAACCUUUGUUAAGUAAUGCUUCAUUAGCUCCAAUCCCUUCCCAACCCCAACAACAAACUCCAUAUCAAGAAGCUAAACCAACUGCUACUCCAAGUGGUGGUGCUGCAAGUGCUGGAUAUUUAGUUCCAGCUAAUCAAAGAGCUACUCAUGCAAAGCAAAUUCCACCUUUUUUACAUGAUUUAGAAUCUACUUCAGUUCCAGCUCAUUUAAGAAAAUUACAACCAGAAUAUUAUAUCUUGUAUAAUCCAUCAUUACCUAAGACGGUUGAUGUUGAAUUAGUUCAUUCAUUAGAUCAUUCAUCAGUUGUUUGUUGUGUUCGUUUUUCAAAUGAUGGUAAGUUUUUAGCUACUGGUUGUAACAAGACUACACAAGUUUUCGGUGUUGAAACUGGUGAAUUAGUUGCAAGAUUAGCUGAUGAUAAUACCGCUUCAGAAAAUGGGAACAGUGGUGCAGAUUUAUAUAUUAGAUCUGUUUGCUUUUCACCAGAUGGUAAAUUUUUAGCUACAGGUGCUGAAGAUAAAGUUAUUAGAAUUUGGGAUCUUUCCACAAGAAGAAUUACUAAAUAUUUAAAAGGUCAUGAACAAGAUAUUUAUUCAUUAGAUUUCUUCCCAGAUGGUAAUAGAUUAGUUUCAGGUUCUGGUGAUCGUACAGUUAGAAUUUGGGAUUUACAAAGUGGUCAAUGUUCAUUAACUUUAUCAAUUGAAGAUGGUGUCACUACAGUUGCAGUUUCACCAGAUGGUAAAUUAGUUGCAGCAGGUUCAUUAGAUCGUACAGUUCGUGUUUGGGAUUCAUCCACUGGGUUCCUUGUUGAAAGAUUAGACUCAGAAAAUGAAGCAGGCACUGGACAUAAAGAUUCGGUUUAUUCAGUUGCCUUCACAUCAGAUGGAUCUGAAGUUGCUUCAGGUUCAUUAGAUCGUACAGUUAAAUUAUGGUCAUUAAAACAAUUGGGUAAUGGAACUUCAUCAAAUACACAAUCUAAAAAUGUUACAGCAUGUGAAGUUACAUAUGUUGGUCAUAAAGAUUUUGUCUUGUCAGUUUGUUCAUCCCCAGAUUCUCAAUAUAUUUUAUCAGGUUCAAAAGAUCGUGGUGUGAUAUUUUGGGAAAAGAAGACCGGUGAUCCAUUAUUAAUGUUACAAGGUCAUAGAAACUCAGUUAUUAGUGUUUCUGUUGCUAAUAAUGCUAUUAGUGGUGCAGGUAUGUUUGCUACCGGUAGUGGUGAUUGUAAAGCUAGAAUUUGGAGAUGGAAUAAAGUUCAAAAUUAA